CAGUAUGGACAAGCUGCAUCUGACUCUGACUGAGCUGUGCUCUUCAUUCAGUGGGAGCAGUGACUUCACAGUGUUCAACCACAUCGUCACUCCUGCAGAGUUCCUCAUAUCUCACUUGGAGACACGCCUCACCAAGAUCAUCGUGAGAAUGGCCCAUUACAACCAGACCACCCAGGAAAUAGGACGUCCGUCUGACCUCCUGGCCGGGAUUCGGGCCUACACAGCCAGCCUGCACACCCUGUCACGCUACCUCAGUCUGGACGUCACUAGGCUGGUCAAGAAUGUCCUACUGCAGCAGACACAGCCACUGGACUCAUACGGAGGACAGACCAUCACCACGCUGUAUACCAACUGGUAACGUGAUACCAGCAGCAGUCCUCCAAUUACU